CAAAAGUGUCCUCCUCUUGAAAAUUAAAAACAUAUCUCUAAACAAAAUGGCGUUCUAGCGUGAGUGUAUAGAAUUUGUGGCUCGGUUGGAUUAUAUUUGGCAAUUUCGUCGUCAUUUAUUGGAAAGAGGUUUUAAUUAUUGACAACUGUGUUUUGUGUUUGCUGUUGCGUGUUAUUUUUCGUCCUUAUAUCAUACGUUCAAGGUAGAGGAAAGAAAAAUAACAUGAGUAAUUACGAAGACGAUCAAAGCGAGGAUGGAGAGCUGGCUCGUAGUCCUGUCCAAGAUGAAAUGGAUUUUAGUUUAUCUGAUGAAGAUCGAGACAAUGCUGAUUCCUUGGUAAUCAAGCCACCCCAGGCUGUGAUUAGAACAGCACAUAGAGAUAAAAGAGGACAUAAAAGGACUGUCAAAGACAGAUAUAAAGACAAUAUAAGGAAAGAAAAAAAGCAUCUGUACAGGGAACGUGAUAAGUCUGAGAAAACAAAACGAGAAAUUAGUAAGAAUCCUGAACGUGAAGAUAUGGCCAAAGAAUAUUAUAGAGAAAAGCAAUACUACAGGGAGAAAGAAAUGUAUAGAGAUGGCAAGGAAACAUUUAGGGAUAAGGAAUCCUACCGAGACAAAGAAACAUAUAGAGAAAAGGAAAUGUACAGAGAUGGCAAAGAUAAUAUGUAUAGGGAUAAUAAAGACAUGAGGGAAAAAGAUAUGUACCGGGAGAGAGAAAUGAGGGAAAAAGAAGUUUAUAGAGAAAAAGAUCAAUACAGAGAACAUUACCGAGAGAGAGAAAUGUAUAGAGAUCAAUCCUUCAGAGAACCAGCUAGAUCUAGAGAGGCCUAUAGAGAUAAAGAUAUGCUAUACAAAGAGAAGGAAAUGUAUAACAAAGAGAAAGAAAUGCAAAGAGAUGUUUAUCUUGGUCGUGAGAGGCAAUAUAAAUAUGCUGAAGCAGAGAGAAAGCGCUCUGAUAAUGAGAGAAUAGAGUCUAGAUUAAGAUCAUUAGCUGAAGAAGGCCAUACUAAUCAUAAUAAUGAAAAGGAAAACAGGGAUAGGACAUCUGGUGAUAAGGAAUUGGAAGAUCUUAGAACCAGAUUACUGAACAAAAGAAUAACUAAAGAGUUACAGGGUCAAGAUAGCGGCAAGAAGAGUUCAGACUAUUAUGAGAAGGAUGGGAAAUCAUCAUCCCGUCACUCAUCAUUGGACAAACAUCAAGAACAUAGGAAAAAUAAAGUUUUAUUCGCAGGACACCAAAUUGUUUCAGAUAAAGAAAGAGAGAAGCGAAAACAUGAGUCCCGGACUGAGUUAGAGGCUCGAAGACAAGAACACCGUCGGCGUGGCAAAAAACGCUCAGUAUCUCCCAGUGAGACAGCAACAAAGAAAACGAAAACAGACUCGCCUAACUAUGGUGACUCUGUUGUUACUGUAUCUGAUUCUAGUGAUGUAGAAAUGAAAACUGACUCUCUACACUCUGAGCCUGAAGAUGGUGAGCACACAAACAGUGAAACAGAAGAGGAUAGUUCUAGCACAGAAUCAGAUUCAGCAGCAGAGUCAAAAUCAGAAGAAGAAGAGGAAGAUGAGCACAGAAAUGAAGAAAAGAAUGAAAAAGAGGAGAGGGAUAAAGAUAGGAUCAAUGACAAAACUAGACCUCCUUCAAAAUCUAAGUCUCCUAGUCCAAAUCUCUCCAAGUCUAAACCAGAGUCUCUGCCAUCUUCACAUGGAUCACACAGAUCUUUGUCUCGAUCUAAAAGUAGAAGUAGAUCACAUUCCUUUUCACCUCCUCCUCCAGGAGAAAAUGGAAAAAUUACAGAAGAGGAAAAAGUUAAUGAAGAUGAUGAAGAAACGAGACAGAGGGAAGAAGCAAUAAAUGCCUUGCCUCCAUACUACCCAGCCUUACAGGGUUGUCGGUCAGUCGAGGAAUUUCAAUGUCUCAACAGAAUUGAAGAAGGGGCAUAUGGAGUAGUUUACAGAGCACGUGACAAAACUACUGAUGAAAUAGUUGCUCUGAAACGUUUAAAAAUGGAAAAAGAGAAGGAAGGAUUCCCAAUCACUUCUCUGAGAGAGAUUAACACUUUGCUUAAGGGCCAGCAUCCAAACAUUGUCACAGUGCGGGAGAUAGUGGUGGGCUCCAAUAUGGACAAGAUUUUCAUAGUUAUGGAUUACGUCGAGCAUGACUUGAGAAGUCUCAUGGAGACGAUGCGUGGAAAGAAACAAGUUUUCCUACCGGGUGAGGUGAAAUGUCUAAUGACGCAGUUAUUGAGGGCUGUACAUCACCUGCACGAUAAUUGGAUAUUACACCGAGAUCUCAAGACCAGCAAUUUGCUAUUAUCACACAAAGGUGUAUUAAAGGUUGGUGAUUUUGGUUUGGCUCGAGAAUACGGAUCACCCCUCCGGCAAUAUACCCCGAUCGUCGUUACACUUUGGUAUCGUGCACCUGAGCUACUUCUGUGCUGUAAAGAAUACUCUACGCCCAUUGACAUGUGGAGCGUAGGGUGUAUAUUCGCCGAAUUCAUAAGCAUGAAUCCACUAUUUCCCGGAAAAUCAGAGGUGGAUCAAUUGAACAGAAUUUUUAAGUAUUUGGGCACGCCUUCUGAGAUGAUUUGGCCCGGCUACAGUGAAUUACCAGCAGUACAAAGAAUGACCUUUGCAGAACAUCCCUCAGGCGGGUUACGCCAAAGAAUAGGAGCUGAUCUACUUUCUGAAACUGGGCUUUCUUUACUACAAGGCUUUUUAACUUAUAACCCUGCCAGGAGGGUGACAGCGGACGCCGCUUUAGAUCAUGCUUAUUUUAAGGAGCAGCCGGUGGCGAUCGAGCCGGCGAUGUUCCCGACGUGGCCCGCCAAGUCCGAGGGCAACCGGCGCAGCACGCACAGCCCGCGCCCGCCGGCGGGCGGCGCGGCCUACGCCCAGUUCGCGCGCGCCGACACCGACGAGGCGCUCGGCUUCCAGCUCCACCAGCGCUCGCUUAAUGUGGCACCCGGCUUCUCGCUCAAGUUCUAGCAUCGAAGACUCGGGCAGCGCUCGAAUCGAUAGUUAAUCUUUAGUUACUAAUUUAUAUAAUGUAACGAUGUAAUAGUCAAGAUCAUCUAGACUACUCCUAAUAGAUUAACUGUUAAAGUACCAUUUCAUCACAUCUGAUGAGAUCUUUUAACUCUCAUUGAUGAUAUGUAUAAGGCAUAAAGCCUUGUCAGGCACAAUAAAGUUCAGAAUGUAAAGAACGCAUAUUCUUUACACAUGAUGAUGAAUAAAUAUUUUUUUAAUAUGUGUUGUGCAAAUCAGAAUUUCUAAAUAAACUGCCAUUUUUAUAAGUAUUCUGUAUAUUGCAAUAAAAUCAUACAUUACAACAUUUAUGAGAACUUCAACUAAAAAGCUCGUGUAAAUAUAUUGUUACUUAAUGUACUUAUGGAAUACAUUAUUAUAAUUAUAGAUUAAAAAAAACAUUGUGACUCUGCCAUUGUGUAUGUAAAGUAGCACGGAAUAAUAUUUUUUCAAUUUUAUUGUAAUCAUAUGCAAUAAAUAUGUUGAGUCUAAUGCUCAAAAAAUGUACAGCGUUCAGCUUCUGUUGAAUGCACAAACACGUAAGGUAUUCAACAUCUGUAGUUUGAAUUAACUGUAAAUAAAUACCUCUUUAUUUUAGUUACACCUCUAUGAAGGUGAAAUUAGUGUAGAAUUACAAUAUGGUACAAUAAUUAUAUGUUUUGAAAACAGGAA